AUGAGUGUUUUCUCUCUUUUUCUUUUUUAUCUCAGGCGAGAGACGCUUGACAGGGAGUUGAGAAGUCUCGCUGCGUUCUCCCCUCUCUUUAUUGUCGAGCGAGCCGCCAAGUACAUCACCCUUCAGUACAGGCCGGAGGGUUCGUCUAUCGACUACGAGAUUUCCAUAGAAGGCCUCGACCUGUCUUUUGCACAGGGUGGUAGUCGUUUGUCCCGUUGCUUUUCUGUUCACGUCCAGCCCCCAAACGACCGUGUCCGGCGGCUGCUGGAGAGUGGAAUAGGCGACCUUUUACAACAGCUCUCAACAAAACAGGCUUCUGUUCACCAUGUGCGAGAACAUGCAGGAGUGCGACAGACAGACACUGAGUUCAUCAUUUACAUCGCCCAGUACUACGCCAUGCUACUUACGGCUGAUCCGUGCCUGCCCCUCAACGGAAGCAGUUCAAACCACCUGACGAACGCUUUUGCAGUUAUCACAACGCAGCGUUUACAAGGCUCCUCUGUAGGCGCUGCGGGGGAUUCAUGUGCUCGCCAGAGGUAA